CACAAGAAAAGAAAAGAAAAUAGCAGCAGUACUCAUUUUCUGAAGGCCCUUUUUGGGUCUGCUGAAUCAUCUUCUUCUAACGUCCACCGCAGCAUUUGUUUAAAAUCCAGAUUGGGAGCAUAUAUCUAUUCUAUAGUAGUCAUGGCAAAUUACAGUAACGUUGGUAAUGAUAGUACAUCGAUUCUUAUAGACGAUGGCACUGCUGAAGAAUUGAGAAACACCAUAACAAAAAAUCUUCUUGGCUAUUCACCCUUGCCUGCUCAAUGCUGCAUCUUCAGAGUUCCCGAGUUGAUUCGGAGACAAAAAACAGCGGCCUAUGAACCUGACAUAGUCUCAAUCGGGCCAUUCCACCGAGGCUGCGGCGAAAAAUUCCAACUCAUGGAAAAUGUAAAACGGUGGUAUUUACAGUGCCUUCUCUCAUCACGCGCAGAUAUAAGUUUGGAUAGUUUGAUCAAAGGCAUCAUGGAGUUGGGCAGAAGAGCCCGUGAUUGUUAUGCAGACCCGUUGGAGCAUCUCAGUCAAAAAGACUUCGUACAAAUGAUGAUACUUGAUGGUUGCUUCUUGUUAGAACUAUUCCGAAAGGAACUUUGGGAUGAUCUACAAGAUGAAAACGACCCCGUUUUCAACCUGUCUUGUAUGCUGGAGUAUCUGUACCAUGACCUUCUGCUGCUAGAAAACCAGCUCCCUUGGUUUGUGCUGGAGGGUUUAUACAACCUAACCGCCAAUAACACUAACCAAAGAAAUGCCUCCCUCAUUAAACUUGUGCUCAACUUCUUCAGACAAGCUGUCGAUGAACGGAUUUUGGACCCCAACUUCCCAUUUGAGAUUUUGCACAUACUCGAUCUGAUAAGAACCGUGACCGUUGUUCCAUUCAAGGAUUUGGAAUCUCAGAAGAAGGAAGGGCAUGUGGAAGAACAAGAAGAGCAGAAAAACGAGCCAGAAUUGCCACAACGGAUCCCAAAUGCAACAACUCUUUCGGAGGCAGGUGUUCAGUUCAGAAGAAGCAAAAACACCCCAGAGUGCAUAAUGAACAUAGAGUUCAACUUCAAAAACGGGGUAUUCACAAUCCCACCGCUGGGAAUUGACGAGAAGACAGGGCCUCUGUUCAGGAACCUCAUCGCCUUCGAACAAUGCCACCACAGUCGGCUGCACAAGAUAACAUCGUACGCGGUUUUGAUGGACAACCUCAUCGACACGAGCAAUGAUGUAGACCUUCUUCGUGAGAAAAAAAUAUUGGCGAAUUGGUUGAGCCCUGAAGAUGCCGCCCAGUUCUUCAACGAGCUUUACAAUGACACAACUGUCAUUGGAUUUUACUACGGAAGUCUCUGCAAUGAUGUGAAUAAAUAUUACAACACUGACUGGAACAGGUGGAGGGAAAAACUGAAGCGUGACUAUUUUUCUACCCCAUGGGCCGUCAUUUCUUUCAUCGCCGCAUUUAUCCUGCUGGUCCUCACCCUAGUGCAGACCGCAUAUACAAUUCACCCUAUCAACGGUUAAUAAGCAAGCUUGGAUAUAUGUAAUCUUAAUAAGCUUUGAUGCCGCCCAGUUUGUCUAGGGUCUUUAAUUUCUGAAGCUCUGGAAAAUUCUGGAAAGUAGCCAGAUAUUUUCUAGUCUCUGUAGAACCAGCAGCAGCGGCCUUGCUAAUAUGUAUCUAGAACUACU